AUGUAGUAAAAUUAUAGCUAUACUAAAAUCAAAUGUCUAUUUAAAGGAUAUGCAGGAAAAGUCUAUUUAAUUGAAAAAAAUUCUGAAAAUGAUCCUCCAAAUAUAAAACGUUAACCUUUUGUUCUAAAAAGAUAUUAUAGAAAAGUAAUAAUCUAAUUUCAUAAUAUAGUCAUCAGAUCCUUAAAACCACACAAAUCUAUUAGAAUAUCAAUUCUUAACAUAACUUUAACAUCCUAACAUUAUGAAUAUUAUAGAUGCCUUUACAGAAUAGUAUGAAUACAAAAAAUAUCUAUGUCUCACAAUGGAAUAUAUGACACCUCUUAAUGAAAUCCUUUACAAUUUAUAAGAUUGUUAACUCUAUAUUUUCAAAGAAAUAUGUUAGGCUGUCAAUUAUUUACACAGCAAAAAUAUUUUACAUAGAGAUAUCAAACCUAGCAAUAUUUUUGUUACAAGUGAAGGCAGAGUGAAAUUAGGUGAUUUUGGAAUUUCAACCAAAAUUAAAUAAAUUAUGACACCUUAAAUAUGUACAAAGAAUUAUAGGGCUCCAGAACUAUUCCUAGGAUAAAAGGAAUAUAAUCAUUCUAUUGAUAUUUGGUCUUUAGGUUGCACCCUAAUAGAAUUGUAUACUGGAAGAAUUUUAUUUGAUGGAAGAUCAGAAAUAGAAAUCAUGUCACAAAUUGCAGAUCUCAUAGGAACGAUCAAUGUAUAUAUAGAUUUAUAUAUUAGGAAUAAAAUUGGGAAGGAGUAUCAUAAUUGCCUAUGUUCUUAGAAUUUAUUAAUGAUAAAGAACCUUCAUUAAAAAAGGUUAUUUCAAAAUUACCCUCUUAAAUAGAACCACUUAUUUUAAGUUUACUUUGUCUAAAUCCAAAAGGAAGACCAAAAAUUAAUGAAAUAUUGUUGUUUUUAGAGAAAUUAUAAAUUCCAAAUAAAUACGAAGAACUUUCAUUGAUUGCACAGAACGCUUUGAGAGAUAAGAAAAUAACAUGA